AUGGGUGACAAGCGCAAGCUCGUUCAAGAUGAGGUCGUUGAGCCCGAGGGCAAGAAGAUGAAGAAGGACAAAAAAGAGAAGAAAGAAAAGAAGGAGAAGCGCAAGUCGCGCGAUGUGUCCGAGGACGUUGCUGUCGAGACCCCAGCACAAGAUGAAGUGAAGAGUGAUAAGAAGGAGAAGAAGGAGAAGAAGCAGGAGAAGGACCGCAAGGAAAAGAAGGAACGCAAGGAGAAGAAGAAGGGCAAGACCAGUGCCGAUGAGCCUCCUGCUGCUUCCGAGGACGCCAUGGAUGUGGAUGAGACUCCCGCCGAGAAGAAGGAAGAGAAGAAGGAAAAGAAGGAAAAGAAGGAGAAGAAGGACAAGAAGGAGAAGAAGGAGAAGAAAGAGAAGAAGCAGAAGUCCGAGGAGCAGCCCGCAGAGGAGCCCGCAGCUGAAGCUCAGGCUGAAGAGGAAGCCGAGGAGGCUCAACAAUCCGGAAAGGCCGCUCGCUUCAUCUGCUUCGUCGGCAACCUCCCCUACUCCGCCAACCACGAGUCAUUGACCAAGCACUUCGAAAAGAACCCACCAGCCACAGUCCGUGUUGCAACAAGAAAAGAAGACCCCAAGAAGUGCCGCGGCUUCGCCUUCAUCGAGUUCGACAACUACGACCGCAUGAAGACCUGCCUCAAGCUGUACCAUCACUCCAACUUCGACGACGGAAAGUACCCGCCUCGCCGGAUCAACGUCGAACUGACUGCCGGCGGCGGUGGCGCCAACUCCGAACACCGCAAAGCCAAGAUCCAGGCCAAGAACGAGAAGCUGAACGACGAGCGCUCGCGCCAGGCUAAGGAGAUCAAGAAGGACAAGAAGAAGUACGAGAAAAAGCCUGCUGCUGAUACCUCCGGUGCCAAUGCCGUUGAGGUUCCUGCUGAAGAUGAUAAGUGGGCUGGCGUGCACCCUAGCCGGAGAGGUCGUCUCUAA